GCUCUGCUGCUUGUCGGCCGGACGCGGGCUGUCGGCGUGUCCUGAGUGACAUCACACUGACCGCGGGGGUCGUGCGUGUACACGUCUCGUCGUCUUCACACGCACGCUGAACCUGCCCUUGACCAGCACGCGCGGUAAGCGCGUUCACGUCGGUUCGAGGUCGUUUUUUUUUUUCCACUCGAUCGAUCGGCGCUAGCUAGCCAGCCAGCUAGCAUCCGUGGCUAACGAGCGGGAUUGACCUGUUACCUGCGUGUUCACACGCUCCCGCCUAAUUUUGAGCGCGUGCACGAGGCUGGUCAGUUAGUUGAGAUGCUGGUUGAGUGAGGCUGGCGGUGACGUCACACAACAUGUGCGCCGGCAGGUGAGCAGACAGGUGUGCACUAGGGAAGGCGGGGCCAUGCAGCAGAAGUUGUGCUCCCGAGGCUCCGCCUCCUUUCACUCCGAGUCCGCGCCGCCGCGUGACCUCUUCUUCUUCAGCUGCCCGCGCUGCGGCGAGCAUGAGCGCUUCCACAACAUGGACGCGCUGCACGCCCACCUGGAGUACCGACACGCCUACGCCACGGGCGGCGGCGGCGGCAGCGGCAGCGGCUUCAGCAUCACCGGGAAACUCCCGCCGGACUCGCUGCGCGCCGCCGCCGCGUCCUGGCAGGACAUGAGUCUGCCGGCCCGCGGGGGGCAGCGCGGCGCCGGGCGGCCGCCUCAUGUGCGCUCGCUGAGCGACAGCCGGGACGGCGCCUUCGUGCUGCCCUACACCUCCGCCCGAAGGCGGACCCACAGUGUGGGCGUGGGCACGCAGGCGCAGGAGGAGGAAGUGGGCGGGGCUGAGGAGGAGGACGAGGACAUGUUCUCGGAGAAGUUGACUGCUCUGAAGACAGACCCUGACCUGGACUCCAACUGGGACCUGCCGGGUGAUCCCAGCUCAGGGCGGCGUGCUUCCUCCGGCUCAGACGUGGCGGCGGCGGCCUCGGCCGCGGUGCGCCGCCGCCUGGCCGGGAUGCUGCGAGCGGCCGACGGCGGCGUGCAGCGGCGGCUGGCUCGGGUCAGCACGGAGCUGGCUCGCACCGACACGCAGCUGCUGUGCGAGCGCGCCCACUCGCGCAACCUGUCCCAGGAGAGACAGGAAGUGGCCGACAGGGAGCGCUUGCUCAGCCGGCAGGUGGACGUGGCCGUCAUGGUCAUCGCCGCACUCAAGGAGCAGAUCAGCGCUUCGGAGAACGAGUUGGAGCGACGGGAGAGGCAGGUCAUCACCAUCCAGAAGUUUCUGGAGGCCGCCGCCCGCCAGGAGACCAGCGGCAAGGUGAGGAUCCAGUGCUUCAUCGAGAACCUGCUGAGACGCAUCGCCCUGGCCGAGAGGCUGCUGGAGUACUACCAGGUCAACGGCAGCCCGCCUCAGCGCCAUCAGUGCACGCCGCAGCAGCAGCCGAGUGAGCGCGGCCAUCAAAGGAUGACAAAAAGCAGGUCAGCAGGAGGUCAGCUCUCCUCGUCCGGUCUCCACGGCAACACCACUCCUCCACCUCCCCGCCGGCCGUCCGGAGGGCGAGACCCAGAGUGGGAGCAGCGUGAGCGUCUGGCCCGCUCGUCCAGGCUCUUCUGCCGGCCCGAACACCGAGACGAUAUCUGGAACCAGCGGCGGUGGUCGGCAGGGUAUGAGGCGUAGAAAUCACCUGUAGCGACGUUUGCGACAGAAGACUGAAUGAGUUUGUAACGGGAUGUCCCGCAAGUCUAACACCAUUAUUAAGGAAGACUUUUGUGUCCUUUUAUGCAACCCAAAAAAUGGAUUUGCAAACAAAAAUAUUUGAAAUACAAAUACAUAUGUUAAAUAGGUUAUACUUGUAUAGCGCUUUUCUAUCUUCAAGGUAUUCAAAGCGCUUUCACACUAUUUCCAGCAAGAGCAAGGGUGAAGUGUCACAACGAAUUUGGUAUAAGGUGGGGAUUGAACCAGGAACCCGUCGCCCAUGUACUUCAUGUUCAAAUGAAAAAACGCCUGAGCUGCAAAUAUCUUGUUGGGGGGUUUUUUUCCCCCCAAAAAAGGUUGUAACCAAAAUAGUAGUUAUUCUGGGGGGUUAAAAAUAUGUAAAUAUUUCAUAUAAAUCCAUUUUUUGUUUUAAAAUUUCUUAAUUUAAAAUCAACUUUUCUGAGUUGCAAAUUUUAUAAAAAGAUUUGCAACCCAAAAAAAUAUAUUUGCAAAAAAAUUUAUAUUUCAAAUGCAAACAUGUACAUGUUUAAACAUAAAGUAUUUGCUGCAAAUAUCGUUUUGGUUGAGAAUAUAUAUAUAUAUUAGGGGUGUAACGGUACACAAAAAUUUCGGUUCGGUACGUACCUCGGUUUAGAGGUCACUGUUCGGUUCAUUUUCGGUAAAGUAAGAAAUCAACAAAAUAUAAAUUUUUUGGUUAUUUAUUUACCAAAUUUGUAAACAAUGGCUUUAUCCUUUUAACAUUGGGAACACUAUAAUAAUUCUGCCCACGUUAAUCCACAUUAAACUGCCUCAAGUUGUUGCUUUGAUUAAAUAAAAUGAAAAAACCUUUCUUCUACAUAUAAAAAGUUUAACAUCAAACAGUUUCCAUUGAAACUGUUUAAUGUCAACUCAUCAUGCUUAAUUUAUUACAGAAUUUGGGAAGCCUGUAGUUUACUUUUAUUAUGUAAAAGUUGUAUUUUUAUCAACAUGUGAUAGCAGGGACCCUGCCAUUCAAAACUAGGCUGUUACAUUACUAAUGAUUCAUGUAACUAUAGCUGAAAAAUAGUACAAUUGCAAUAGAAGAGACUAUUCAUCCCUAAACACAAUGGAGUUCAAUGAAAUAACAGACAGACAGGGCUUUGCUGCCCCUAAAACACGCACGCAUGCGCGCGCACACACAUAGAAAAAUUAGCUAACGUUACGCUAAAAGCUAAUUAGCCUUCAUCUCAAGCCUAUACUGUGAGCGAGCUGAGCUGCAGUUUAAGUUUCUAGAAGGUCAACGGGCUCAUAGUGAUGUUUGUAAUAGUUGUGACUGGGAAGUGUUUAGUAUAAUUUGGGUAGUGCGCUCCUCCACUGCUAGAUGAAUAUCUGCUCGACGCUAAAGCAUUGACCACAUCGCUCUGAAGUCUGAAUACGCACUGCUGAUUGGCUGUUACAUCGCUCUGACUACACACUGCUGAUUGGCUUUGUAUGUAACCAAUCAGAAGGUUGUGUGGGCAGGACAAUUAGUCAGAGACAGAGGCAGAAAGCAGAGCAGCUUGUGAAGACUUCUGCUUCCGAACUUGUUCGGUACGCCCGUGUGCCGAACCGAAACCCCCGUACCGAAGCGGUUCGAUACAAAUACACGUACCGUUACACCCCUAAUAUACAUAUAUAUAUAUAUAUUACACGCACACACAUACAGUAUAUACAUAUAUAUAUAUAUUUUUUGAGAAAAAAAAUGUUGUAACCAAAUUACGGCUAAUACACAAUGUUUAUUUUAUUUUUUGUUUAAAAAUAUUCAGAUUUUAAAUUUAAAAAAAAAUGCAAAUAUAUGAUUUGCAACCAAAAAAAUGGCUUAUAACCAAAAUACAAUUUGUAAUCUUUUUUUGGGGUUGAAAAUAUACAUGUUUUUUUACAAACCCAUUUUUUAUGUCAAUUUAAAAUCCAUUUUUGGGGUUGCAAAUAUAUUUAUAGUAUUUUUUGUUCUCGGGAAAAAAAGAAAAUAUGGUUUGUCAUCAAAAUAUGAUUUGUAAUCUGUUUUUGGUUGAAAAUAUAUAUUUUUUUCCGAAUCCAUUUUUUGUUUAAAAAUAUGUAAUUUACAGAUAAUUUUUUGGGGGUUGCAAAUAUUUUUUGGGUUUGCAUAAAAAGACACAAAUCUAUCUCCAUAAAUGAAUUUUUUUUAUUAUUAUAUAUAUUACAUAAACAGUUACAUUGUAUCAUAGUUUAUUUUUGUAUUAUUUAUUAUUAAUUAUUUUUAGAUAACUAGUGUAUUUUUUAUUUGUAAUUAUUUGAAUCAAAGGUUGCUUUUUUUGGUAUCCUUCUAUAAUAUGUCCAGACUUUAGGAACACCCUGUACUUAUAUUUGAGUGUAACUGUAACAUGUACAUAAAUAUUACUAUUUGUAGGCGGUGUGUCAACAAAGUGUGAAUAGGAGUAAUAAUAAUAAUGAUAAUGCUGUCAGGUGUUGUGCGUUUUAGCCAAACAAUUUCCACCGGAAUGACAGUUUACUGUUGUGUUGCGUGCAGAGCGGCAGCUUGGUGACGUGUUAGCACCUGUGUCACGCCUGGUAACAGGUGUGACACAUUUGUCCGUUUUGUAGCGCUCCUCGCUGUGUAGGACGCCAAACAUGUAGCAUUAUUUUUCUACAAACUUUAUGGAAAAGCUAAACGUGUCACGAGCAGGUCAAAUGCCACGGACAUUGCAAACGUCGUGAUGUCAUAUCCUGUUUGCAUGGUUAUGUUCUGCUGAGAUGUUUUCACCUCUUUGAUGACAUUUGUAGCUGUAACAGGUGGUGUAACGGCCCAUCGUGUUACAAUGUUAGGAGGCCACUGCAUGAAGCCUGGCUUCGUGGCGGGACAUCUUGUUCUUCUGUGAGCAAGAAGGAAGACAAAAUCUUAAGGUUUUUUUUUUGUUGGUUUUUUUGCAUUUAUUCCUGGCGUGAUGCUGUGAAAGUGUUGAAACUUGAAGAUGUUGUCAUGGUGACGUACUCUAGUUUUGUGCCUUCACUCUUCCAUCUUGUAUUAAACGACAUAGCACCAAAAGACUAA